AUGAAUACCAAUAUCCCAUCACUAAAGCCAUCAAGUAGCAACACAAACUCCAACAAUAUAUUAAACAAUGGUGCCAAUGGUAACAAAUCACUAAUAGUCAGAUCAGCAUUUAUGAACGCACAGAUGCUCCUGGAAAUGAUCGCUGCUUUAGAUGGUACGUAG